AGUGCAUUAAAACUCAAAUUUCCCUUUCAAUACUUCUAAAUCAAACAGUUUGGAAUCUAGUUAAGAGAAAAUGCGGGUCAACCUUUCGACACGACUACUCUCCCUACCGUUGAUCUUACUAUUCUUAGGCUUCGUCAGCAGAUUCAAUGGCUCAGGCUUCUCUAUCGAAGAGGCCACCAUUGCCGAUAUUCAACGCGCCUUCGCCGACGGAAAGCUGACUUCCCGGCAACUAGUUGACUUUUACAUUGAUCAGAUCGCAAGGCUCAAUCCCCAGCUCCACGGCGUACUGGAAGUCAACCCGGAUGCGCGGUGUCAGGCGGACAAGGCUGACGAGGAGAGGGAGGAGGCCAGGUGGCGCGGCGGGAGGUCGUCGCUGGGUGAGCUCCAUGGCGUGCCGGUGCUACUCAAGGACAGUAUAGCGACUAAGGACGCGCUGAACACGACGGCAGGGUCGUAUGCGCUGUUGGGUUCGAAGGUGCAGAGGGAUGCCACCGUUGUGGAGAGGUUGAGAGGCGCCGGGGCUGUCAUUUUGGGCAAGGCUAGUCUCACAGAGUGGUACGGUACUCGUUCUUCCUUGAUUCCCAAUGGGUGGUGUGCCAGAGGGGGACAAGCCAUGAGCCCAUACAAUGAGUCGGGAGACCCAUGUGGAUCAAGCAGUGGACCCGCCAUAUCAGUUGCAGCAAACAUGGUAGCAGUGUCACUUGGAACCGAGACAGAUGGUUCCAUGAUCUGUCCUGCCGAUCACAAUUCCGUCGUCGGAAUCAAACCCACUGUUGGCCUCACCAGCCGUGCCGGUGUUGUCCCAAUUUCCCCACGUCAGGACUCAAUCGGGCCAAUGAGCAGGACGGUAUCUGAUGCGGUCUAUGUGCUUGAUGCAAUUGUGGGCUAUGAUCCGAGAGACCAUGAUGCAACAGAAGCUGCAGCUAAAUUCAUUCCUAUAGGUGGCUACAAACAGUUUUUGAAAAAAAAUGGGCUAAGAGGAAAGAGAUUGGGAGUUGUAAGCAAUCCAUUUUUAGCCUCUUAUAAUGGAUCUUCUGCUAUUUCAACCUUUGAGACUCACCUCAGCACUUUAAGGCAUAGGGGUGCAACCAUAAUUGAUCAUUUGGAAAUAGCCAAUAUUGAUAUCAUUCUGGAUCCUUGCCAAAGCGGCGAAGCAUUUGCACUAGUAACUGAGUUCAAGUUAGAGAUAAAAAAAUAUCUUGCGGAGCUAGUAGACUCUCCUGUGAGAUCUCUUGCAGACAUUAUUGCUUUCAAUUCAGACAGUUCUGAUUUGGAAAUGACAGAGAAAUAUGGGCAAGAGGAGUUUCUUAUGGCAGAGAUGACAGACGGCAUGGGAGAAGAUGCAUUGAAAGCAAUAGAGGCAAUGAAGCAGCUUUCAGAAAAUGGAUUUGAGAAACUGAUGAAGGAGAAUGAGUUGGAUGCUGUGGUGACACUAGGCUGGGCUGCUUCUACAAUGCUGGCAAUUGGAGGCUACCCUGCAAUUUCUGUUCCGGCUGGGUUCGAAUCAAGCAAUGCAAUGCCAUUUGGGAUAUGUUUUGGGGGAUUAAAGGGUACUGAGCCUAAGUUGAUUGAGAUUGCUUUUGGCUUUGAACAAGCCACAUUAGCACGAAGGCCUCCUAUCUCGAAAAGUGCACACAUGGAAAUGAAGUAAAGAGCUUGUUACUCGUGAUGUUAGUAUUUUGUCUUAUCAUGGGUGGGAAAACCAUGUAAAAUGUUUAGAAGCUUUAUUAUCCAACUCAUUGCACAACUUUUUCUCAUUUAAUCUGAGUUUAUUUUUCUCUUAA